AUGUCUGAUCUCGAUUCUAUUGUCUAUAAAUACUUGUUGGAAAGCGGUAACACUGAAGCCGCUCAGGCUUUAGAAAAGAAAACCCCUUCUGUUAAAAAGUCCAAGCUUGCUACUAAAGUUGACUUAAAGAGUAUUUAUAAUCAAUUCAAAGACAGCAUCAAGGAUAACGAAUCUUCAUCCUCCUCCUCCGAUGAAGAUGAAAGCAGCAGUAGUAGCAGCAGUAGCUCUUCAUCUUCUUCUGAAAGUGGUUCCUCUGAUGAAGAAGAAGAAGAAGAAGUAAAGGCUGAGGAAAAGAAAGAAUCAUCCUCGUCUUCUUCCUCCUCUGACAGUGAAUCAUCCUCGUCUUCUUCCUCUUCCUCCUCUGACAGUGAAUCAUCCUCGUCUUCUUCCUCUUCCUCCUCUGACAGUGAAUCUUCAUCAUCAUCAUCUUCUUCGUCGGAAAGUGAAUCCGACAGUGACUCUUCCUCAUCCUCUGAUGACGAAGAACCCAAACAAGAAGAAGCUUCCUCAUCUUUGGAUGGUAGCUCUUCCUCCUCUUCGUCAUCUGAUAGUGAAUCAUCCUCUGAUAGUGAUUCGUCCUCCGCCGAAGAAGAAGAAGAAGAAGAAAAGGAAACUGAAGAAAAGAAGGAUGAUUCUUCCAGCUCCUCUUCCAGUUCUUCUGAUAGCUCCUCUUCCUCCUCCGAAGACGAAGAUGAUGACAAGAAGAUGAAAGAAUCUUCUGAUAAAGACAGCAUCAGUAGUAGCAGCAGUGAUAGUGACAGUGACAGCGAAUCCUCUUCUGACGAAGAAGAAGAACAACAAAAGGACAUCGAAAUGAAAGAGGCAUCAUCCUCUUCUUCUGAAAGCGACAAUGAAAGCAGCAGUAGCAGCAGCAGCAGUGAUAGUGAUAGUGACAGUGACAGUGAAUCUUCGUCUUCUGAUGAAAGUGACGAAGAGGAGAAAGACUCAUCUUCCAAAUCUAGCUCAAGCGCGAGCUCUUCAUCUUCUUCUGAUAAUGAAGAUGUUGAAAUGAAAGAAGCAUCUGAUAAAGAUAGCAGCAGCAGCGACAGCAGUGACGACGAUUCUUCUUCUUCAUCCUCUUCUUCCUCAGCAGACAGCGAUGAUUCAAGCAGUGAUUCUUCCUCUUCUGAUAGCGACGACUCCGACAGUGAGUCAGAUAGCAGCAACAGCAGUAAUACAUCUAACAAGCGUAAGGCAGGAGAUUCGCUCGAGGACAAACAACCUGCCCCUAAAAAAGCUAAUAGCGAGCAACAGCCCAAACCUGCUAAAGGUCAAAGAAAGCAAGGCACUCCUUUCCAACGCGUGAAGCCCGAAGAAGUUGAAUUCAUGGAUGAACGUUUGAAGGACAAUUCUUAUAUUGGCAAAGGCGGUUCUGACGAGAGGUCUUACGGUUUUAAGGCUCAUCAAGAUUUGAUCAAGGUGCGUGGCGAUCGUUUUAGACAUGAGAAGAACAAGAAAAAGAGAGGAUCUUACCGCGGCGGACAAAUUACAUUUGAAAGCCAUAGUAUCAAGUUUGACGAUUAA